UGCCUGCUGUGUGAGGUGGUUAGACUACGUGCGCUCCGAGCUCCAUGACAGAACCUAAUGGCUAUUUUUACUGAUCAUUAUGAACGUUCAAGAAGGUUGAUUAUGCACAGUACUUUUUUGAAAUUAUAGUUUCCAUUACAGGUUCCGUUAAAUUGCAAACAUCGUAUUUGAUCCAUAAAUGAACUGCAAGGGAGGAAAAUUAGGCGAUUUGAUAACAGAAUUUAGAUGGUUUUACUUCGGUUUGCUUCUAUAGGAAACUUUAUCUGUUGUAUAGAAUUGGAAAGGCAAUUGUAUUUUAUAUUCCUUGCCUACUCUAUACUUUAGCCUUUCUGUUGUCUUUUUGAACUGAAAUAAGUCACGUCGAAAGUGUCAUUAAAUUAAAAUCUACAUCGAUCCAUUCCGUCUUACAUUGAAAAAUUCGGUGAAACAAUUCAGGUGCCUAGGUGACUAGAGUUACAGAGAACAUAGUCAUACAUUAUUUGUUCUGGAUAAUAGUAAAUUGAAGUAUUAUUUGAAAUCAGAAGAAAAUGAACGAAAAACAGAAAGCGAGUCGCCACUCGACUGAUAACUUGGACAAGAUGAAUGUUGCUGCCUCCGAGAGAAGGCACACGUUACUGGGGGACAUGGAGCCUGUCAUCCUCAGGAACGGAGACUGUAACGUCACCAUGUCGAGCGUGAAGAAGCAGCGCUCCAGGUAUAUGAUGGACAUGUACACUACCAUUGUAGACGCGCAGUGGAGAUACACUCUUCUGAUUUUCUUCUCCGGCUUCAUAUUAUGGCGUUCAUGGCGGGAGUGGUGUUCGCGAAGCUGACGCGGUCCAAGGCGCGGGCCAACACGCUGCUCUUCUCACGCAAGGCCGUCGUGUGUCUGCGCGACAACAAACUCGUCCUUAUGGUCAAGGUGGCCGACCUCAGGAAGUCUCUGAUCGUCGGCGCAACAGUUAAGGCCAGGCUGAUCAGGAGCCGCACGACGCAGGAAGGCGAGCUCAUCCAGUUCCACAUGAGCAAAGUGAAGGUCGGCAGCGACGACUUCAGUGAAGAUCUUUUCUUCAUCUGGCCCGUGACCAUCGUACACGUCAUCGACGAGGACUCGCCCUUCUACGACAUGGACGCCGCCAGCAUGCUUAAUGAGAAGUUCGAGCUGGUCGUGUACCUGGAAGGAACAUCGGAGAGCACAGGCACGACGAUGCAGGCGCGAUAUUCGUACCGCAACGGAGACGUGCUGUGGGGCCACAGGUUCCAGUCGGCCAUCUCAUACGAUCCCACGGCCCUCAACUACGUCAUCUGCUUCGAAAAGUUCGAGAAAACCGUCAGUGUGGCCACUCCACUGAUCAGUGCACGAAAUUUGGACCUCCUCUGGCAACAUGGCGGCAGUCCACCUCCGCUGAGUGGCGGCGAGCAGCUCGUGAUCUUCGACUCUGCCGUAUUUAACCCUAACAACGUCGUCCUCAACGACGUCCAGGAACCUUUACUGCCGUCGCUGCCUCCUCCUUUGUCCCUCUCGAGCAGUGAAGACUCGUACGGAAGAGAGAACAACAACACAGAAGGUUCUCCAUAAAGCAACAAGCUCCCGGGGCCUGUCUAGUUGGGUGUCCCUGGGACAGCCGUCCAUGGGGUAUCACAGUAUCACUCUAUCCAAAUUGAAGACGAAACUGAUAUUUAGCCAGCUUGGAAGGCGCUUCAUAUUCGCAUUUACACCUUUUUUGUAGCGAUGAAAGGAAAUUUAUAUAAUAUGUCCAAUAAACAGUAAGCUGUCGUUUAUUGGACAUUUUUUGUAUUAAUGCAUCCGGAGAAAAGGUAAUUUGUUUUCUAUAAACUGGUGCUUGGAACGUUAAACGCUACAUUAUUACCAUUCCAAAUGAGCUAUUACGCAGAAGGGCUAUUAUUAUAUUAGUAAUUAAGAGCAAGAUUCUCAUUUGUCGCGUUAUUGUAAAUUAGGUAGACAAUCUCCCGGUUAAACUGUAGUCAGGAACUGAAGAACAUCGUUCAUCUGUAACCCGAAAUUCCAGUCGAAAGUAAUUCAAGACCAUCAACUCACGAUAAUCAUUAUUAUUGCUGUUAUCCUGAACUAAAUGAGUUCAUUUGUCGGGCAAAUGCGCAAUAUAUCUCCACACCACCAGUUUAAGGUUUUCCUCUCUUACGAUGAUGUUUUACUAGGUGAGAGUACACUUUAUAACCCAACAAUCAAACGCUUCUCAACUGACAAUACUUGGUGAUUUCUGCCUGGUCAGUACAAAAUAUCUGCCCAUGCUGAGUGCAACCUUCUCGUAUGUUAUUUGAUUAUCUGCUGACACCAUGGACAAUGUAAGGUGCACUCAUCACUAUUUACAUACAUGUACCAUCGAGCUCAUGAAGGCCAAUUUUAAUGUGAUUAAUGUGAAUUUUUUUAUCGAUUGAAACCUUAACUCUGCGAAUUGUUAAAGUUAGAGGCAUCCAAGACUAGCCGGGCCAGGCCAUGAACUGUUUGAUAAAUCAUGAAACCGUUUUAUACAUUUUAAUUCAGUAUCUAUGCUUGACUCUGGAAGAAUUUUUCAUAGAAAUAUCGGGCGAUGGGGAGAGCCACCACUGUUGUGCGUCAAAUUUUAGUUAUUUUACUUAUGUUAUGUUUAUUGUUUACUUAUGUCUUAGGAUGUAACUAAGCAGGAACGGUAGAGUUCGUAGUAGCUUUUUGUAGCUUUGUCGAGAGAAAGUAUAAAAAAUUGCGUGCAUUCCAGGACAAUGUAUAGAUGACCACCAAAGUAAUCUGUUCCCAAAUCAAUUUAGCGCAAUCGAUCGGUUUUAACAAGUAAUUAAAGCGUAAGUUAGGUACUGGCGCCUUUUAUGUACAUAAUCCAAAUGUUUAUAUAGUGAGAAGAAUUUGUUAUUGGCUGUAUCGUUGAUGACCUAAUCUUAUCAUAUUUUCAGGAAAUGUUCAUUGCAUUUUAUUUGGUUGAUGGUGAUUCGCACUAUAGGAUAUGUCAGGCAAUAGAUGCCGGGCACCACUGAGAGUGCCAUAGGUUAGUCUAACGAACUGGUACGGAUAGUAUUAUAAGUGGUUAAUGUAUAAACAAUAAAUGUUCACGUUAGAAUUAUUAUUCCCAUUCUAUUGUUCAUAUAAUAUUAUAAAGUAUGCAUGUCAAACAUUAACUGAUGAAACUUGUUUCAACUAACCCAAGUACGCUGACAUAUAUGCCGAGGCUUGUAUCACCUAUAGUCCUAUACCGAGUGUGCUAACAUUAUUGUAUGUGAUGAACGAAACAUGUAUGGAAUUUAUCUCUAUUUUGAUAUGUCAUUCAAGUACUUCAUCAAUAUUUCCUUCAAGUUUCAACACUGGGCAGGGUGGCCCUGUGGUUACAGUUCAGAGUAUCAGGAUUGGAGC